UUCCAAAAUAUUGCUUCUGCAGAACCCUACAACAAGGAAUUUGGAACUCAAUGCUGCCUUGGCUAUGUUGUCACCUCCACUGUAGCUACACAGACAGAACCAGUAAUCAUCCAAUCUCCUACUGAUGAAGCAUCUGAUCCUUCAAUUGACACAUCAAAAGAUGGAAUAUUACUUGAUCAUUCCUACACUACCUCCCUUUCCUUGUCACCRGAAAAACCAAAAGUCCCAAAAAUAUCCCCCAUCAAGUGAGAUGUAUCAGUAUUCUCAGAUGAGGAGGACAAGAACCUCAGUGAUGAUGAUUUUGUCAWGUCAUCUCAAGAGACUACCAGCAGUAGCACAGACACAGAGUCAGAAAUAGAGAGUAGUGAUGAUGACGACAUACUARCAAAACAUGUUAAAGAGCCAAAGUACUUGGUGUUCAACUCCUGUUUACAGAAGCUGUUCAUGUUUUGUUUAAGCUGUGGCUUACCUCUUAGCGAUGUCAAUACGCCACUUCCGAGAAUUUUUGACGCGCGGGAAUAAGUACUGGAAACUAGCAUGCAAACGAGUCUUAGUGCGAAAUUUAAAUUUAAAUUUAAAUUUAACAGACCAAAACAAAAACAAGUAACAAAAUGGUCUACUGCAGGUUUCAGGCUGUAAAAAUGGCCAUUACAAUAGACCAGAUAUCGGCUAUUUUACUUUCCCGAAAGACCACGAUCGUUUAGACGUUUGGCUCAAGUUUUGUGGCCGAAAUGAUAGUUAUUUCCGCAAAAAUAGCCGUCAAGCGAAAGCCGGUCAAUCCAAUUUGCUACGAAUGUGUAGCGACCAUUUUUGUUCAAACAUGUACAAAAAGUUAUUAGGCGGCAAGUUAUUUCUUGAACCGAAAGCAAUCCCACUACUGUCACCAGAGGAAAAAAGAGAAACCAACAUUGUGAACGAUUGUCAAUCCGAGGGACCUGGAAAACGAAGUCACGAUUACGAAAUCGACGAUUACAAAGUUAGAUCUAUAAAACAACAGCGAUCUUCAGCCGAUUUUUCUUCAACCACUACUGAAUUAAAUGAAUGCAAUCCAUUACUUGACCACUCUUACUACCAACCAAGCGAUGAUAGUACUGAACCUGUAAAUAAUACUGGGAAAACGAGUACAGUAAGCCAGACAGACCUUAGCAUGGAGGACAUUAACCAAUGGUUUGAUCAUCUUCAGAAAUUGAGAGAGGAAAAAGAGGAACUAUCAAGUAAACUUAAUGAUAAAGCUAAUCUUAAACGAGAAUUAUUUCUGGGCGAUGUAUUAAAAUGUGAUGAAUCUGUCAAAUUCUAUACCGGUAUUCCCUCUGGCCAGUGUUUACACAUGUUAUUAAAAGUCCACGAAACAGAAUGUAAGAAGCUGAAGUACUGGGAGAAAAAUAACAAAACUAUGUAUUAUGAAAACACAGAAAAAAAGAAACCAGGACCAAAAAGAACUUUAUCACUUCUACAAGAAUUCAUUCUUACACUUGUAAGACUGAGACUAGGUUUAACAGUAAAACAUUUGUCCAACAUAUUUUCUAUCUCUGAAUCUCAAGCAAGUCGAAUUUAUGCCACUUGGGUCUGCUUUCUGUCCGCAAGUUUUAAGGACACUCUAGUCUCCUGGCCAUCAAAGAAAAUUGUCAAGAGAAAGCUACCAAGAUCAUUUAGGAAAUACCCUGGUACACGUGUGAUAAUCGACUGUACUGAAAUGUUUGUGGAGAAACCCUCUUCCCCCUAUGCUCAGAAGGCCACAUGGAGUGAGUACAAGGAGCACAAUACAAUCAAAACACUGGUAGGCAUCACUCCUAAUGGGUACUUUAGCUUCAUGUCCAAGUUUUGGACUGGAAAUACCAGUGACUGCAAGAUCACACAAGAAAGUGGUUUGGUAGAUUUGCUUGAAGCAGGAGAUGUAGUGAUGGCUGAUAAAGGCUUUAAUAUAAAAGAUAUAUUGACAAAGAAAGAAGUUUAUCUCAAUAUUCCACCAUUUGCAAAGAAAGGAAAACAACUUUCCAGAAAAGCUGUCAUGUCAACCAGACAAAUAGCUCAAGUACGAAUCCAUGUAGAGAGAGCCAUAGAGAGACUUAAAUAAUUUUUAAAUUAAUAUUAAAAUAUUUUCCAAGGGAAUAUUCCAUUAACAGUUGUUCCU